GGGGUGUGUUCAAAAUCAAAACUAUAUAUAAAGAAGCUGAGAGAGAGAGAGAGUUGGGAGGUUAGAGAAAGAUACGGAAAGAGAGGAACUUUCGCUCCCGAAAUUUCUCAAUAAACAAAAAGAAUCUUUUAACAAAUCGGGCUAAUGGCGCGAACCCAAACAAUGGAGGAGCAAAAGCCACUGCAGCGAUCCCGUUUGGAGACCAGCAAAGCGGCGGAGCCAGUCUGGCUCAUGAAAUGCCCGCCCAAUGUCGCCAGGUCGUUCAAGCCUCACUCAUCAGCCGAGGCCGGCGGAGGAGGCGGUGCUUGUCCCGGGCCUGUUGCUAAGGUCAUUCUCGAGCUUGACCCGCUCAACUCCAAUAACGAACCCAAGUUUACUAUGGAACUGGCGGCAACUGAGUCUGCGAAUACGCCCAAGUGUUAUGGUUUGGAUAUGUCCAGGGACUUUGUCCCAAUGUCUGUGUUUUCGGAGACGUCGGAAGGAAAGUUAUCAGUGGAAGGUAAAAUCUUCAACAAGUUUGAUAUGAAGCUCCAUGAUGAGAAUCUUGAGAAUUAUGGGAAACUUUGCCGUGAACGGACUAAGAAGCAUAUGAAAAGUAGAAAGAUUCAGGUGAUCGACAAUGACAAUGGGGCUCAUAUGAGGCCUAUGCCAGGGAUGAUUGGUUUUGUGGCUCCUGGACCCAGUGACAAGAAGAAAGUGCCAAUGAAGGGAUCAGAAAUGAAGAGAACAAGGAGGGACCGUGGAGAAAUGGAAGAUAUUAUGUUUAAGCUCUUUGAAAGGCAGCCUAAUUGGACUUUAAGACAAUUGAUCCAAGAGACAGAUCAGCCCGAACAAUUUCUGAAAGACCUACUUAAAGACCUCUCUGUUUACAACAACAAAGGAGCUAAUCAAGGCACGUACGAGCUGAAACCUGAAUACAGGAGAACAACCGAAGAUGCAGCUCCCUGAUAGGUUGUAAGAUAUCAAUCAACUACCUCAGUCUCAGACUUUUUGUUUUGGAAGACUGUUACUGAUAAUUUACUAGCUUAUCUGUUCUUAGUCUACUGACCUCGACACUUCGUCUUAGUAGAGUUGGAAUGUGUUCUGCAGUGUGAGCAAGAAGAAACAAGAAGAAAUCGCUAUGAGCUUCUCCGGUAUCUUGUAGGUUUUAGGGAUUCCAAAAGGCCAGCAGAUGCUAUCUUUCUUGUAGUGAAACAAUGCCGUAAUAGAUUUCUUAAUGAGAACAGUUCCUUCUCUUAUCUUUUAGUGAUGAUAUCUUCAAGACCGCAAGUUUUCCA